CCCAAGUCCUAAAGUUCUCUGUUUUUUUUUGGCAAAAUAUACAGUAUAAAUGGCAUUAUGGCAGAACGACAAAUAAAUUGCCAAGCAGAAUUUUUUUCAACUUCUCCUAGGAAUAAUUUUAUUUCCAAUAAGCAGCCAUGGGAAUAUGAUCCCUUAUAUCAUACGGAAGUAAAAUUAUUUAUUAAAGAUAUACAUAAAUUAAAACACGUUCAAUAUAAAAAAAGUGGAGUGGAAAAAGAAGUUUCAGUAUUUUUUUAUGGUCAAUCGAAUAGACCAGUACAAUGUGUUGAUAUCAUCGGAAUAGUUAGAGCUAUUGAUAUAUUUAGAAAAGUGAUCAAAUAUUAUAUUGAUGAUGGAUCAUCCACCAUUUCGUGUGUAGAAUUUAUACCAGAUGAUUUGAUAAAUAGUUCAAGUAAAUUGGCGCUUUCUCAAUUGAACAAAUUUAACAUAUCAGAAUUAGUAAGAGUCGGCGGAAUGUUAAAUGAAUAUAAAAAUCGAAAAGAAAUUAAAAUUCGUCACAUGAAUAAAAUAGAAGAUCCAAAUGAAGAAUUACUUAGGUGGACAGAGAUAAUCUGUCUAAAAAAAGAUGUAUACUGUAAAGAAUUCAAAUUUACAUCAAAUCAUUUUGACGAAAAAAAACUUUUACGUGAUAAAUCUUCUGCGGGUUCAUAUUAUCCAAAUAAGAAGAUGGCUUUAUCAAGAAAGCCAACAAGCGGUGGUGGUGAUAGUUCCACCGUUUCUUAUCUAACACAAUCUAAUCAAUCCGAUGCGAUACGAUGUAAUUCAUUACAAAUUAUUGACGAAGAAAUGCUAAAAAGUCGCAUUAAAGAAUAUAUUGACAAUAAUUUAAAUGAAUUUAGAUUUAGUAGCAUUGUCGAAGUUACUGGGUUACAAGAUAUUGCAAUUAAAGUAUUGCAAUCACAAGGAAGAAUAAUUGAUUUCAAGAAACAAGAUAAGACAAUACAAAGAAAUAAUUACCAUAAACAAUAUAAAGAAGAAAUCAGAUUUUUAUUUAAGAAAAUAUUAAAAAGUUUAAUACAAGAUGAAUAUUUACAAGCUGAUCAAAAUCUAGUUUCAUUCAAGGUAGUAAAAACAAAGGAAGAAAAAUAGGUAUAUCCUACUCUCAAAAAUUUUUCCAUAUAUUAUUAUCAACCACCUGUAUGAAUUUUGAUGGAAUUUUAAAUUUAUCAAUAAAUUGUUUAUGAUUCCAAUAAAUUUGAACCAUAUUAGGACAAUUUUGAGCCAGUUCAUUAAAAUCAUUAUAAUUCAAUUGUUCUAAAUUAUUCUUAUCAUCAUCAUCAUCAUCAUCAGUAACAAAUAAAU